GUGUCGGAAAGGCCGGCGGAGGGCGGAGAGCCCGGAAGUGGGUUGUGGUAACCCGGAAGGGGUGUCCUUCCCUGGCGUGUAUUGUUGUUUUCAAGCUGCUCCGGCUACUGCGACUAAGGGAACAGUUGCGGAAGGAUGGUGUGCGAAAAAUGUGAAAAGAAACUUGGUACUGUUAUCACUCCAGAUACAUGGAAAGAUGGUGCAAGGAAUACCACAGAAAGUGGUGGAAGAAAACUGAAUGAAAAUAAAGCUUUGACCUCAAAAAAAGCAAGAUUCGAUCCAUAUGGGAAGAAUAAGUUCUCCACUUGCAGAAUUUGCAAAAGUUCUGUGCACCAACCGGGUUCUAAUUACUGCCAGGGCUGUGCGUACAAAAAGGGCAUCUGUGCAAUGUGUGGGAAAAAGGUGUUGGAUACCAAAAACUACAAGCAAACAUCUGUCUAGAUGUAUUGAUGAAGAUUCUGUCUUUCUGUAUGAUUUUGCUUUCUGCUUUAAAUUUUCAAGGCAUAUCAUACAUGUUCAAGUUACAAAAUAACAUGUUUUAAGACUAUUAAGUUUAAACCAGGGAAGUUGAUUCAUUCUUUUGCUCUCUAGAAGUUCUGAAUAGCAACAAUGGAACUAAUCUGCCUUACAAGCAUCUUAUUGAACUAGAAUAAGAGGCAAAUUUAACAACAACAAAAUAUUGUCCCAGUUCUGUAGCACUUUUUAUUUAACAAUAUUCAUAUAAUUCUUAUUAUCCUCUUCCUCUACCUUAUACUUACAUAUAUUGUGAAAGUGAAAAGGGGACUAUUGAUAUUUUCUCAGAACUUGGCAUUCAGAUUUAUAAUUUCCCCCUCAUUCCCUUGUUGGUUGCCUAGUUCUUAGAAUCAGCAGUCCCUUAAUUAAUUGCAGCUUCACAGGGUAUUUAAUUAUCUGAGACCACAAUUGCUGAAUGGUUCCUUGGAAAUUAGCCAAGACCCAAAUCAAACACAGGUUCUAUUUAUGAUUUUAAAAAGUUUGUUCUUGAAGUCAUAGUGCUAGUACCUUUUAUAUGAGAAUAAGAACAUAAUGGGUACUCCAUAUAUAUCCAAAUGAAUACACUGGAUUUCAGAAAAUACAUGUUACACACAUAACCUGAAAUUUACACUAUUAUGAAAGCCAGAAGAACAGUGUUCAUUAUGAUGAUAUAUAAUAGAAAUGAAUCACUACUCUUUGGGAAAGUUUUUGAAGCAAAAAUGAAACUUCUUUAACCUCCCCUCUCCC